AUGUUGAUGCUGAGCCUGGAACCUCUGGCAUCUGACGAAGUUAAAUACAUGGGGAGUGAUAACAGUACAAGUGAUGACCAUUUUUUCGAUGAUGGAGAUGAACAGCCCACUGAAGAAAAUAAUGUCCCAUCCCAAAAAGUGGAGAAAUCAACGGGAAAGUAUGUAGUUGCACAAUUUGAGCAAAGCUAUUUUCCAGGUCAAAUUACUAAUGUCUCGAGGGUAGGAGCAACCGUAAAUGUGAUGGGACCUGCUGGAAAACAAUGGAAGUGGCCUCUUAAGAAGGACGAGAUAUUUUAUAGGAACGAUGAAAUUGUUAUGUGCAUAAACGCUCCAAUCCAGCGUGGAAAGCGAGCCUUAUUUGACGUUCCAGAAUUGAAAGACAUUCUCGAAUCACAAUAA